CAUUGCAGACCCUGCUUCCUGAGUAGACUAGUCUACUUUGCUGAUCCUGCCCCUUUCCGCUCGCUCCCUUACUUAGUCUAGCACUUAGCAAGGCUGUUUCCAUUCACCUCAUCUUCUACCUUUCUCCCCCUCCUCACUCACUCACCCAGGAAGAUCCAGACCCAGUCAUGCCAGACAACGGCAACGGCAAGGGUAAAGGCAAAGGCAAGGACAAGGAAUCAAGAAUGGACGGACUGGACUCGGAUAACCCUUGUGUGAGUAGCAGUCACAGUCACCUUCCCUCUUCUUGCCUCUGCCUCUUCCCCCCUCUUCUCUUUCUCUUACCUCCCCCUUCCUUCCCUCUCUCCACCUCCCCCUUCCCCCCCUCUCCUUCCCUUGUGACCUUCAACCAAAAGCACCCCCGCGCCUGUGCCCUACAAAGCUGUAUGCAGCGCACCUGGGACCAAGACAAGUGCAGCGCAGAGCUCCGUGCUCUGUACCUCUGUUGCUCACGUCUAUACCAGACAAAGGGCACAACGGGACCGAAGGGAGAGAGGACAGAGGUGGAUGCUUGUCCUUUACCCGAGGUGUUGAGGGGGAAAUUGAGAGGGUUGGGGGAGGAGGCGAAUUUUUGAUCGUUGGUUGGGAGUGAGGGAGGGCAGGAGAGAGGGAGGGAGGGGGACCGAGCGAGGGAGCGAGGGAAAGUAACUCGGGGAUUGGUUCAAUAUAGGUAGGGAGCUCUUUAGCACAAUCGAAGUCGAUCAGCAGAGACAUCUCGUGUGCUGCAGCUCAUGACGCCCAAACUCCCAGACAGAGGAGAAAGAAGGACCCGCCCAAACUACCCAGGCACAGGGAGGUUUGCCAGGCCGCACUGAGAGCGGCAACAGAAAUAGAAGAAA